UUUUCAAGUUUCAGUCACUAUAUUUCUUCCAAAAGCUGGAAAAGGCCAAACACUCAGUAAAGCCAAAUACCUGGUUUUGUUCCAGAAGACACUUGCAGGAGUGAUGUGAAGUUAGCUUCCAAGAUGACUCUUUUACCAGGAGAAAAUUCUGAUUAUGACUAUAGUGCCCUGAGCUGUGCUUCAGAUAAUUCCUUCAACCACACAUUCUUUCCAGAAACAGAAACCCUUAAGGGAGUCUUUUACCAAAGAGCCAGACUAAUUCACCCACAAGAAGAUCUCCUGAAAGGCAUUCACUCAGAUGAUCGGAAGCAUCACAUUAUUAUAAAUGUAGGAGGCAUUAAGUAUUUGCUCCCAUGGACCACGCUUGAUGAAUUCCCGUUGACACGUUUGGGCCAACUGAAAUUCUGUAACAAUUUUGAUGACAUUCUGAACAUCUGUGAUGAUUAUGAUGUGACAUGUAAUGAAUUUUUUUUCGACCGCAAUCCUGGAGCAUUCAGGACCAUCCUGACCUUUUUGCGGGUUGGAAAACUUCGGCUCUUGCGUGAGAUGUGUGCGCUGUCCUUCCAGGAGGAGCUGCUCUACUGGGGAAUCGAGGAAGACAAUUUGGACUGGUGUUGUAAGAGGAGAUACCUGCAAAAAAUGGAGGAAUUUACAGAAAUGAAUGAAAGAGACGAUGAUCUGCUAGAAAAUGAAAUCCCGGGUGAAACAGUGGAGGAGACAAAAUUCGGCUUGUGCAUGAAAAAGUUGCAAGACAUGGUGGAAAGGCCCCAGUCUGGCCUCCCUGGGAAGGUGUUUGCUUGUUUGUCUGUUUUAUUUGUCACUAUUACAGCAGUGAACUUGUCCAUCAGCACCAUGCCUGACCUAAGGGAGGAGGAGGAAAGGGGUGAGUGUUCCCAGAUGUGCUACAACAUUUUCAUUGUGGAGUCUGUCUGCGUGGCAUGGUUUUCACUGGAGUUCCUGCUCAGGUUCAUCCAGGCAAAGAGCAAAUUUGCCUUUCUGAGGAGACCGUUGACCCUGAUAGACAUAAUAGCCAUUCUGCCCUACUACAUCACCCUGCUAGUAGACACCACCUCGGUGGGCUAUAAGAAGCCGAGCUCUGGGAACAUCUACCUGGACAAAGUAGGCCUGGUCCUGCGGAUACUCCGUGCCUUGCGGAUUCUGUACGUCAUGCGGCUGGCGCGGCACUCGCUGGGCCUGCAGACGCUGGGGCUCACGGCUCGCAGGUGCACCCGCGAGUUCGGCCUCCUGCUGCUCUUCCUCUGCGUGGCCAUCGCGCUGUUCGCGCCGCUCCUGUACGUCGUGGAGAACGAGAUGGCGGACUCGCAGGAGUUCACCAGCAUCCCCGCCUGCUACUGGUGGGCCGUCAUCACCAUGACCACCGUGGGCUACGGCGACAUGGUGCCCAGGAGCAUUCCCGGCCAGGUGGUGGCACUGAGCAGCAUUCUGAGCGGCAUCCUCCUCAUGGCAUUCCCAGUCACUUCCAUUUUCCACACGUUUUCACGCUCCUACAUUGAGCUAAAGCAAGAACAGGAAAGAAUAAUGUACAGGAGAGCACAAUUCUUAUUAAAAACAAAGUCGCAGAUAAGCAAUGCAUCACAGGGGAGUGAUAUUUUAUUCCCCAGUAUCUCUUCUGAGGCUAGGGACAAUGAAUGAAAUUUAAGUUACUAUUUCUGCUAAUGUCAAGUAAUGUUUUGUUGUAUCAGAUUCCAUCUUUUAAUUUGCUUUAGAAGAGGAGUUUUACAAAGGUAACCCUCAUAUUAAAAUGAAGAACAGUGGCUAUUAAG